CUUCAAGAAGUCUAUGGAACAACAAAAUCUUCAGAUUCAAAAUCAAGAGUUGGAGAAAAUUAUUACUCUUGAACAGGACGAAGAAUCUGAGACUGACACUGAAAAUGAAACCAACAAUGUCUCAAUUAUUGAAUAUCAAUAGACUCCAUCACCAAUGUCUAUCGAAAAAAAGAUAUCACUUCCACAACUGAUUGCACGAGGUACAGUGGUGAUGCUUCCUGAAAGCCCUCAAAGUCAAGAUGUACAAAAGGUGGAACCCGUCGAGGACCCUGUCUCGGUAACACCUUUACUAGCUAAACCAGAAAACUUGGAGAAAUUCAUGCCUUUGCCUGAACAUAUCCUCCUAACAUGUGUUGAAGACACGUCUCCAAAGGAACCUAUUCUGGAGAAAGCCAAGCCCACUACCAAUCCCACUGAUUUCGACACUACUCAUCCCGAAAAAUCUAUAGACAAGAAACUACCAUGUGAUGUUGAAUCCAUCCCGUCUGUAGAAACUCUCGCUGCUGAAGUCUCAUCGGAAGAUUUCGACAAAGCUUUCUUUGACUCCCUACUUGACUAGUAUAACCAUGUUUACCCGAAAGAAAGUUAUAGUCAAAUG